AUGUUUAUUAAUUUUUAGAAAAAAGCACUGAAAAGCCUAAAAAAAGUAGACAUUUUUUAAUAACCUGUUCAACUCUUGAUCAAAUCAGAAGAGGGACAUAAAACCUUAUUUGGAGCCUGCUUAACUUUGGGAUUGAUUUCCUUCUUUCUUUAUCUACUUAUUGUAAAUCUAUAUACUUUAGGGGAAAGAAAAAAUCCAACUUCACUAACGACAGAGGUUUAUCAUGCAUAACCAGAAUACUUUAAAUUUAAUGAAUAAAAUUUUACCUUAACUUUUGCUAUUUAAUCUCCAGAUUAUGCUACAUAUAUAGAUGAGUCAGUCUAUAUAGUAGAAGCGAAAAUUACAACAAAGAUGACCAAAAUGUAUUCAUUAUAUUAAGCUAAUAGAGUUGAUGAUCAAAAAAUAGAUGAAUGGACUUCAAAAGAGAUACCAUUAACUCCAUGUUCUUCAAAUCUUAUAAGGUAGGUUGAAUUAUAAGAAUAUUUUUCUCAUUUAAAUUUACCUACAAAUUAUUGUAUUGACUGGGAUAAAAUAGACGAGUUAACUUUAGAAGGCACUUUUGACUCUUCAUCUUAUAGUUUUAUUUUAUUAUAAUUUAAAAUGUGUAACGAUUAAACAAAAAAAUCAAAAGAAUGUAAAUCUAGAGAUGAAAUUAAAUAACUUUUAGAACAAAAUUAUUUUUCUCUUUAAAUGUCAUCAUAUGUUAUUGAUGUGAAAAAUGAAGAAUAACCUACAAUUUCUAAAGGUGAGGACAUUUUUACCACAAUAUCUAGUAAGAUAUUUAAAGAAAUUUCUUUUUAUAUGUAACCAAUUACCAUACUCACAGAUUUAGGUCUAAUUACUGAAGAUUAUUAAAUUUAUAAAAGUUUAAGAUAUAAAAGACAUACAGAAAUGAUUGAUUUAAAUGAAAGUGAUUUAAUUAUGAAUGUUGUGAUAAGAUUAGACUAAAUUGAAUAAUAAUAUUAUAGAAGUUACACAAAAAUUCAAAUUAUUUUAAGUUAAAUGGGAGGACUUUGGUAAGUAUUCUUUACAAUAGCAUUUUUAAUAUAGAAACCUAUUAAUAUGUUAUCAUAUUAUGUUAGAAUUUUGAAUUCAUUAUUUGAAUUCGAACUAGAAAAGAAAAAAUCAACAAUUUAGGGAGAGGAAGAUUAAAAUCCAGAGAUACCAUAAUAAGAAUUAUUAUCCAGAAAAUAGUUAUCAACAACCAGAGAAGCCUUAUUUGUUGAAAAUAAAAAAAAAGCCUUUUAAAGAUUAUAAUCUAUAAAAAUAAAGAAAAAACAAAUGGAAGUAAUUGAUUCUAUGGCUGCUGACCCUCAAUCAAAGGAAGAAGCAAAAUAAUAAUUAACCAAGGCUAUAUCAUUUUCAAUCAAAUAAUAUUUUCAUAGUAUUUCAAAAAAAUUAAAAAUGAAAUGGACUGAUUAUUUAUAUUUUAUAAGCUGCUUUGUUAAGUAAAUUAUAAAUUUUAUUUAGUUCGAAAAAUUAUAAAAGUCUUUAAAUUGAAUAUUCAGUCAAAAAAAUAAUUAAGUAAAUGGAUAUUUUAUAUAUUAUGAAGAAACUAUAAGAAAUUGAUAAAUUAAAAAUGAUAUUAUUAACAGAAUCUUAAAUUAAGGUUUUUGAUUAUCUUUAAAAACCAACAAUUCCUUUAAAUCCAAAUUCAAAACAGUUUAGCAUAAAUCAACAUUAUUAUUCAAUAUUAAAACCGAUGAAAAGUGAUUUUUAAAGAGCUGUAGAUGCUUAAAAUGCUUUUAAAGAAAUAGUUGAUCAUUUAGAAAAUCCAAUUAAUGUGAGAUUAAUUAAUUCUAUUGAUAAAUCUAUUGUGGAUUUAUUAAAAAUAAGAAAAAAUACGUUGGAUUUAAUUUCAAUUGAUGAUGCCUGUAUUAGUGAAUAAGGUUAAGAAAAAAAUUAGGUUUUCGCCAUUGAUAUCAAAUAGAAACAUUCCUCAUUAGCAAAUUGUAAAAUUUGA